GCGCCCGCAUGCGUACACGAUCCGACGAUCGCGACUGUGAAACUGUGCUAAAUGGAACUGACUGGCGUUCAAUGUUAAAGCAAAGAUACGAGGAACAAGAAGUGAAUAUGGCGAUACAGAGUGUCUCUAGAUAUCCCAGCAGCCCGGUGGAGGCGACUGAGCCCCCCAAAGCCUCCAGAAUCAGCUUCAGCGUAGCAUCCAUUUUGGCGGACACAAAAACCAACCAAGUCGAUGAGACGGAAAUGAUCCGGCACCAUAGAACGAUACCAGAAUCACCUUUGCGACAGUCACCUGAGGCACAACCGGAACUUCCAGGAGCAAAAUCUGUGUCUCCGCGGCCAUCAUCACAAACGCCACCCUUAAAUUUGAAUGUGUCUACACAUUUGACAUCGUCGGACGAAGAAUACGAGGAUUCUGUCAAUCAAGAAGACUCGAUAGUUGAUGUAGAAGACUUACAGAAUGGGCACAGCGAUGAUGAAGGUAGAUCGACGCCGAAUGAUAAGGAGAGAUUAGGGCCGAUUCGACCGACACCGUUCAGCGCGUUGGCAGCGGCGGCGGCGGCCUAUCACGGGCUGGGAUGGGCUGGCCCCUCUCCCGUGGUACCGUCUUUUGGACCACUGUUCCAGUCACAUUAUGGAGGACACUUAACAGGCCCUUUCUUUUCAGACCACAAUGGCGAGCCUCCGAAACUAAAAUGCAACCUACGCAAACACAAGCCGAAUCGCAAACCACGCACGCCAUUCACUGCGCAGCAACUACGCGCUUUAGAAAGCAAAUUUGUCGACAAACAGUACUUGAGCAUCGCUGAAAGGGCUGAAUUCUCUUCGUCACUUGGACUAUCUGAGACUCAGGUAAAAAUCUGGUUCCAAAAUCGGCGAGCAAAGGCGAAACGCGUGCAAGAGGCGGAAAUCGAGAAACUCAAGAUGGCACAGUUUUCCCGACACCCACACCACAUGUACCCCCAUCCGCUUCAGCAGUACUUUCCCCACCAUUUAAUGGGGCGACCGUUGCCCCCCAUGAUGCCCCAUUUGUCGAUGCCACCCCAAGGAUCACCAUCGCCGAGCACGCAGACAAGUCAACAGUAAAUUGAAGAUUUUACUUAAUAUUACACUUGUUGCAUUUGAAAUGAAUUAGCGUGAUUAGUUUGGUCUUCAUUGAUCGAUCUUAACAUGGUUAUAGUGGCGUUUUCUGUCGUAUGAAACUCUUUAAAAAAUACGUUAAAUAUUUAUUGUAAAUCAGUUUGCACUUGUCACUCGAUUUUCUAUAUUUUUGAGUCCACAUAGGAAAUUCAAUAAAUGAUACAUCGGCAUUUCAUGUAACGCUAUAAGACUUUGAUAUUCAUAAAAUAAUAUCUAUUGUAGUUUAAUAAAUACGAAAUGUAUAAAACAACUUGGUCGAAUCAAAUAAUCUAAUAACAAUGUAAAUUAUUUGUAAAUAUUCAUUAUAAUGUAAAUAAAUCAGUUAAUUUUAUAAGUUUGUCAUAUUAUUAUUUAGGCAAGUUACAUUAAUUGUAUUGCGUUCUACAAUCGUACAUUUAUUAAAUUUUAUCACAAGUUAACGGAAUACAACUGUUAGCCAAUAAUUUGUAUUAAAAUUAAGCAUUGAAUUAAUUUAAAAUUUGUAGUAUUCAGUACAAAACCUAAAUUGUAAAUAAUUAUGUGUAA